UUUCCAGCAUUCCAGACUGCUGCCCUGCAAUGAAGCUCUGAGUCACGAUCUUUGGGUCUAAGGUACUGGCAACAAUGUGGAACCCCAGGACAGCCAACCUGACUAACCUUCCCUCUAAGCAGAAGCCCAAAAUGAGUCUGGCCUGAAAUCACAGCAAGCACUAGAGAAGGACUUCUUUGUUAAUGGAAAGAGGAAAGAAGAAAAAGAUUUCCAGCAAAUUGCAACAGACUUUCCACCAUUCUAAAGAACCCACCUUCCUUAUCAAUCAAGCCGUCCUAUCUAGUAACUCCCAUUCUAGCCUUUUGCCAGGAACAGGGCAUGUCAAUCCUGGUGAAAAUAUCAAGACAAACCCUCAGAAAAAUAGACCUGGAACUGUGACACUCUCAAAACGGUCCAGUAGGAGAACAAUGUCAGAAAGCCUGUCCAGCCCCCCUGUGAUCCCGUCCCGCAGGCCUGGAUUCCGGGUAUGCUAUAUCUGUGGCCGAGAAUUUGGGUCCCAAUCCCUUGCCAUUCAUGAGCCCCAGUGCUUGGAGAAGUGGCAUAUUGAAAACAGCAAGUUGCCCAAGCACCUGAGGAGGCCUGAACCCUCCAAACCACAGCCUCUCCGUGGCAGCGGGUCCUACAAUCUUCAAGCAGCGAAUGAGGCAGCGUUUCAGAGUUCCCAGUCUCAGCUGCUGCCCUGCGAAUCCUGUGGCCGCACAUUCUUGCCAGAUCGUCUUCUUGUUCACCAGAGAAGCUGCAAGCCAAAGGGUGAGGGGCCCAGAGCACCAAGCCCCAACAGAUCUGAUGAUCUUCCUGGUUUCAAGAAAGCUUCCAGCAUCCCAGCCCGACCAAGGACUCUCAUCUGCUACAUUUGUGGUAGGGAAUUUGGCACCCUGUCCCUUCCUAUUCAUGAGCCCAAAUGCCUGGAAAAGUGGAAAAUAGAAAAUGACCAGCUCCCCAGGGAGCUCCGCCGGCCAUUCCCACAGAAGCCUCAGCCUCUUCCAACUGGACAGUCCAGUCAAGAGGGGCCAAGUCAAGCUCAGCUUGUGCCCUGCCCAAACUGUAGCCGGACCUUUGCCCCUGACCGCCUUCUGGUACACCAGAGAAGUUGUAAAGCUCAACCCAGUGGGUCAACAGUUCAGAAUUUGACCUUAGGAAGUAAAGGUGGCCUAAAAGAGUCCGCUAAUUCUAAGCAGCAAAGGCACAUGGCAGCACCCGCUGUGACUGAAAAGAUUAAUGAUCACAACCAGAUGGUUUGAAAGUAUAUUUUAUACUACUUGCAGCCAAUAAUGAUAAGACGUCCACCAACAAUUGUUUGCUACAUUUGUGGUCGUGAAUAUGGAACAAGAUCAAUUGCCAUCCAUGAGCCACAAUGUCUGAAAAAAUGGCAUAAUGAAAACAACUUGUUGCCUAAAGAGUUAAGGAGACCAGAACCUAAAAAACCAGAAGUCAGGACCAUUACCGCCAAAGGUUUCUACGAUCUCGAUGCCUUAAACGAAGCUGCUUGGACAAGUGCCCAGAGCCAGUUGGUUCCCUGUAUUAUUUGCGGGCGUACCUUCCUGCCAGACAGACUGAUUGUUCACCAACGAUCCUGUAAACCAAAAGUCACCAAGUAA